GAGGCACAGGGAGAUGAAGUAGCUGCCACACACUAGUGCCUCCUGGCUCACUCACCACCCCCUGCACCACAGUGCAGCCGCUUCUCCCACCAGCUGGGGUUCCUUAGACCCCCAAGCCUGGGAAGGGGGAGGUGAGUUUACAAAAUGGAAAGCUUAAAAGGAGAAAAGUGGAACCAGAGGGUUAAAAAGCCCUCAGUGGUAGAGUAAGGCCUCCAGUGCUGCCUCCGGGUGCAGGGCAGAGCGGCAGAGGAAAGGGGGAGAGGCACCGGGCACCAUGGGGGCCCAGUUCCCACUUCGGGGAUCUCUCUGGCAGAACCAAGGGUCCCCUUCAUGGGGGUAGACGCCCAGGGCUAGCCGUUGCCACUGUCUGUGUGGACCUGAGUCCUGGGCAUGCCCGAGUGACUCAGCAGUGGCUGCUUGGGCGGGCUCUGGCACCCUAGCAUGUUAUCCAUUCUGGGAACUGGAGUCAGCCACUAGAGAAGUCGGAGCUGCAGGAAGUGACCCUGGGGUGGGACCUGGGGACAUGGCCGGGUCGGCAUGGGACACCCGGCUCCAGCAGGAGCUCUGGUCUGUCCUGGGGUCUUUGGGGGCAGGGCUGCGGCCCUGGGCAGGCUUCCUCCAGGUGGAGGUCCUGGGGAAGUGGGGGAGCCAGGCUGGCUGCUGCCUCCCCCACUACGUAGCGUCUGAUUCGUCCUCUCCCAUGAAGGUGAUUUGGUUCAUAACCCUGAAACUCUGAAAAAGAUCAAAAGGAGAGAGAGGCCUUCGGUGGAGAUGCCGAGCUUUUCUGCAGGUGCUUUGUCCCACUGCUCUGGGGGGUCUGCGCUCCUCUUCAAGCCUCAGCUCGCGGGGAGGGCCUGAAUCUGCCAGCCCCUCUCAGGAUCUCCUUCCCUCUGGGCCCUCCCCAGCCUUAAGGAGCCUCCCAGACAGAAGGGUGGACAGAGCCACCUGGGCAGCCCGAGAGACACACGGGGGUCCUCCCUGUGGACAGCCCUGCCAGCUUCCGCCCAGCCCUGAGCUUCGUUUGCAUUUUGAGGAGUAAGGGGUGGUGAAAUGGGAAUGCUGCUCCGGCUCAGCUGGUUGUGGGCAUAAGUGCCCACUGGAUGGAUGGCGUCUCUCCCUCCUGUCUUCUGUCCUGGGAUCCAGGUGCUUCCCAGGGCCUUGCCCCUGCUGCUAAUGCCCUAACCCUUACCGUAACCAGCAUCCAGCGUCGUCUCACCGAGCCAUGAAUAAACCAACGGAUUCGCAUUGUCUGUGCUUCUCUCCAGCCCCACUGCCUCGGCCUGAGCUCGGGCUUCCCCUUUCCAGCCUGACUGGGCUGGCACUCCAGGCUCCAUGCAGCCACGCUCCUGUCUACCCUACCCGGUCCAGGCCCUGGAGUUUUCUUGCCUCCAGGCCUGACCUGUCCUUGGAGCCAGGCACAGGAAGGGAGACAGGCAGGCUCCUGGGGCUUGCUGGGAAUUGCUCCCAGUUCCAUGGGAGAGAGGCCACCCCCCCAGCACCCCCUGAGGGGCAGACAAGCCCCUGGGGAAGUCUGGGGGUGCAGGGUCAGGGAGGCGGGAACCCCCCAGGACCCCAUCCCACCAUCUCUGACCUCUCUGGCUACCUGGUUCCUCACCCCAGCUUCUCCACAGCCCCAGGAAGGAGGGCCUGGAUCUGCCAGCCCCUCUCUCAGGAUCUCCCCACUUCUGGGCCCACCUCCCAGCCAUAAGGAGCCCCCUAGACACAGGGGUGGACAGAAGACAUGUGGGCAGCCCGAGAGACACACAGGGGUCCCCGGGUUGGCAGGGCUGCCUGGCUACGGACAGGCCCUUUGGGGCCCCAGCCCCUGGCCAGCCUUUGGAGGAACAGCCGACGGCUCCCGCCCUCCAGGGUGUCCCUUCUGGGCUCUUACCUUAUCCUUGGGGUCCCUUUUAGUACCAAGGGCCUUUCUGUCCCCUCUACUCCUCUGCACAGAUCCUGGGGUGUUAGUCACAGUGUGAUAAUGGCAGUGAUUCCCGGUACGGAUGACGGAGAGGUGGCUCACAACCAUGAUCCCUCUGUGUUCUCCCAGCCCUGGGGGGUGAGGAUGGGAAAGCUCUGGCUUAUUUGGAGGAGGUCUUGUCAUCGAACUUACUCUAGGGUGGGAGUACAGGUGAAGGCCUCUGGCUUCCACCCAGCCCUGAGCUUCAUGUGCAUUUGGAGGCGUAAGGGGUGGGCUGGUGGCUGGUGCCCGAGACCUUCCUUCCCACCAGACCCUCCUUCCCACCAGACCUUACUUCCCAGCCUCUGAGGGAGACCAGCCUGUGGCCGUCACCUGCCUGGUGCCAGGCCUUCCUUCCCAGCCGCUGAGGGAGAGUGGCCUGUGGCCAUUGCUUGCCUGGUGCCAGGCCAUUUUAUGAGAUCCUCAAUCCUGUCAGCCAGGGCUAUCCCUACUUUAUGGACAAGGAGAGGUGGCUCAUGAGAUUACACAGGCCCGCUCAGAGGCCUAACCAGCAAGCUUGGGGGCCAGGUCGGCCCCUACUGCCUGGACCCCAGCCCGGCUCCUUGGCUGAGCCUGGCUGCCCGGUGACUCAGACCCGAAGAGUCUGCUGAGCGGGCGAGGGCCAGGGUGGGGUGCCAGCAGGUAUAAGGCAGCCGGCCAGGCGCCGACAGCCCGACCUCGCCAGAAGAUGCAGCUCCACACUGGGCUCCUGCUGGCUGCCGUCCUGAGCCUGCAGCUGGCUGCAGCAGAAGCCAUAUGGUGUCACCAGUGCAUGGGCUUUGGAGGGUGCUCCCGUGCGUCCAGAUGCCUGAGGGACUCCACCCACUGCGUCACCACUGCCACCCGGGUCCUCAGCAACACCGAGGAUUUGCCUCUGGUCACCAAGAUGUGCCACGUAGGCUGCCCCGACAUUCCCAGCCUGGGCGUGGGCCCCUACGUAUCCAUCGCUUGCUGCCAGACCAGCCUCUGCAACCAUGACUGACGGCCGCCCUCCUCCAGGCCCCCGGACACUCAGCCCCCACGGCCCCCACAGCCUGGCGCCAGGGCUCACGGCCGCCCCUCCCUCGAGCCUGGCCAGCCCAUAUCUUCGGGCCUCUGCAGCCACCAUCCAGCACCACUUGUCCUAGGGAAGUCCUGCGUGGAGUCUUGCCUAAAUCUGCUGCUGUCCAAGCCUGGGGCCAGUCCUGCCUGCCACCCCUUCAGGUCCCGACCCCCCCACAAUAAAAUGUGAUUGGAUCAUGUGGCACAAGCUA